CCUCGUAGGUGGUAAUCACAUGUCUGUCAAAGACGUCUUUUCUGUGUAAGUAUAAAGUACUGUACUGUAGCAUGCAAUGGCUGGCCACGCUUACAACGUCCCAGUGAUUCUGUCAGACCUCAGGAAAGAGGAGUCCUACAGGCAGAUCGUCGAUGCCUUGGAGUACUUGGAUGCUGUCUCCAAUGACAUUUUCAACAGAAUAACAUGCAGGAUUGUUGAGAACCGUGAGCAGCUGGUGUCCCUUAAUGGUCGUAUCUUCACUGCUCAGGCCAAGAUAGACAAGCUACGCAGUACGAGCACCAAAGCCACACAAGUGUUCUCCUCCCCCAAGUACCCUGCCCCAGAGCACGUGCCUGACUAUCACACCAUCUUCCAUGAGGUGGACCCAGCUCUGCUCAAGGUUCGCAAGAUUAAGGACCCAAUAGAGUCUCGCCUCAUCGAGGUAUCCAUGGAGGUGCUCAAAAACAAGAACAAGCCGUAUCGACUCAACCUCAGGCGACAGAAAUCUCGACAAGAGAGAGCGAUAAUGGAUGACCCGGAAAGGGGCGAGGGUUUGGGCAGUCUCCCUAAGAACCUCCCCUCUGUUAGCUCUCUCCUUCUCUUCAACACCACGGAGAACCCAUACAAGAAGUAUGUCCUCCGUGACCCUCUAGAGGGAGCAAAGACAAAGACAAGAGACAAUAUGGCCGAAGAAGAGGAGAAACUUCACGAUGCUCCCGAGACGAUUACCCACGGAGAACAAAUGGAGCGUGGCCAUAAGGACAGUUUGAUGUAUGUACCUCUCAUGCCUGAACUUCCCGAAUUGGAUGUCCCCGAUAUGCUCCCCUCGUUGCAGUAUGUAGCCUCAGAUAUGUAUUACCAAGGAGACGCUGGGGCCUCCAUUGCACCCUCCGUGGCUAGCCUCAUUCCUGAACUACCUAGCCUAGCUGAUCCUGGCGCACCCGCGGCACAAGACACACCCAAACUACCACCCCCCGUAGAGGAUGCUAGCGGACCACCCCCGCCUCCACCACCUCCACCACCUGCUCCUGUUGCAGCUCCACCCCUUCCCACAGUACGAGAGGACGCUGAAGAGGACAGCUCGGAUGAUGAAGCUGGCACACCCCCUGGCGAUGGUGAUGGUGAUGGUGACAGGUCCAACCUCAUGGAUGCCAUCAGGAAAGCAGGUGGUGCCUCCAAAGCUAAUCUAAAGAACUCCAAAGACCGAAAGAUGGAGCGGAAAGCCAAGAAAGAAGACAUAACAGACUCUGGUGGAGGAGGAGGUGACCUCUUGGGUGACCUCUCAGCCGCCCUCGGCCGUCGACGCAAGGCUAUGAGUGGAAAGGACAAGGAAAGUCGUAAAGAAAAGAAAGAAGAGCACAGUCUGGGAGGUGGCUCCAUGUUGGACAAGAUGUCUCGUAUGAUACCCACCCUAGCAGAGGGUACAAAGGACAAAGACGACAGUGAUGAUGAUGAUGGAGAAGGUUGGACUGCAUAGUGUAGUUUAUUUAGUUUAAACUGUUAUUACUGUUAUGAUUAUUAAUUGUUACAUUUCAUGUCCGUCAUUUAUAAUUAUUGGUUGUGUGCAGCAUUGCAGUGUUGAAUGUACAUACUUAUUAUGCCUCGA